CGAAACAGUUUGUCACAGCCCCUCGUUUGUUGUCCUCAUCUCUCUCUCUGCAUACGGUUUACCGGCAGUUCUGUUUGUGACGAUAUAUAAUAUAUAUAUACGUAUAUGUGACGAUAUAUAUAUCUAUAUAAGGGUUCAGCCUCCUGAUGAGUCGGUGAAACUCCGACGAAACAGUUUGUCACAGCCCCUCGUUUGUUGUCCUCUUCUCUCUCUCUGCCUACGGUUUACCGGGCAGUUCUGUUUGUGACGAUAUAUAUAUAUAUAUAUCAGGCGUCAGCAUCAUGAACAGUUGUCUUGCGGCUAUGGCGGGUGUGCGGCUGGGCGCUCCGUCUAACCUCUCGCUGGGCUGUGAGGUCAAAAGCCGGCAUCGUGAAGGGGCAACCAUCAAAUUCACUCGUUUCCCUGCUCAUCGCAAGCCAGCAACAGGUAAAUUGAACACGUGUCUUUCCUGUUUGGGGUCUGUUUCGGGGUCUGUUUCGAUUGGUACUCAUGAUUGUAGCGAUAGGACUGGUGGUCGUUGCAGUGUGCCGCAAGCAGUUGGGGCCGCCUCAUCACUUCACUGUGAAUUGGUGUCACGGAGCGGAAGCGGAAGUGGAAGCGGAAGCGGCUUCCCUUCUGGUGCUGUCUCUGCCUCAGUCAACUUACCCUGCGCUCAGUCUUUGACUUUGACCACCUCCUCUCCCUGCCUCUGUUAUUCUUCUUCCUCGUCCACACUUUCUUCCUCCCCAUCUCCCUUUUUUGUGUCUUCCUCUUCCUCCUCCUCCUCCUCCUCGUCGUCGAUUGCCAGAAAAGGUGGACAUGUUCUUAGUGCUGGCUUGCAAAGUUGCUUUCUUUCUCCCUCCAUCACUUCGUCUUGCGAGCAUCAUCCUCGUGGCGCUGCAUCGGUAUUACCAUCUCCUGCCCUUUCAUCAUCGCCGCUCUGUACAGUGGCUCCUGCACCAACGGCGGCUCUGCGGGCAACGGUUCGUUGCGGUGCUUCGAGUUCUGGAGGAGAAGGAGGAGGAGAAGGAGGAGGAGGAGGAGGAGGGGUGCAUAAGGAGUAUAGAGGAGGCAUUUCUGGUGAAGGGCUGAGGUUUGGUGUGGUGGUUGGGUUAUUCAAUGAUCUGAUUACACGGCCUCUUCUGGCCGGCGCCCUUGGGACGUUCAAACGACAUGGAGUAGUGGAUGGUGACGUGGAGAUCGCCUAUGUCCCAGGAUCUUAUGAAAUUCCCAUUGUGGCUCAGGGGAUGGCCAGAUCAGGAAAGUUCGAUGCCAUUUUGUGCAUCGGAGCUGUCAUCCGGGGUUCCACCACUCACUACGACGCGGUCGCGGGAGCGGCUGCCAGCGGCAUUCUCAAUGCCAGCCUGUCAACCAAUGUGCCGUGCGUGUUUGGGGUCCUCACCUGUGAGACGAUGGAGCAGGCAAUGGAUCGCGCAGGGGGCAAGCUGGGAAAUAAGGGUGCCGAAGCCGCCGCGACUGCGGUGGAGAUGGCCAACUUAAUGAAGAGCCUUCGCAGUGAUGGUGUGGUGUCUUCUUGACCAGUUAGUCUAUAAAUUGGGUUGUUUUGAUUGAUUGGUUAGUUAAUUAGUUGGUCAAGGCAAGUAGGGGAUUGUUUUUUGAGAGGAAAGAGCUGUAGGGAAUGAGAGAGGAGGUUGGGAAAUAAAGUCAGAUAGAACAAAAAAAAAGAGAGGCAGCAGCAGAAGGGGUCUGCAUGGCAAGAGCCACUUGCUGGUGGCAGUCUAAUUUUGCUAGCCGGGCAACAACCGUACGGGUUGUCAGAUGUGGGAAAUGCUGCUGGGGUACUGGUGCAGAGAAUUGAGUGUGUCCCAACCCUCUCCGUUAUGAAUCAACGUCGUGUCGAUGUGAUGAUCAUUUACAUUUCUGAUUGAGAGAAGAGAGAAGAGAGGAGGGAGGUGGUCCAUGUGUCCACCUGGCAACCUGCUUGGCUGCUGUGGAUAAAGGUAAUUGGAAGUU